GAAAACGAUUUCUUGUUUUUCUUUGGGUUUGAGUAGUAGAGGAGCGCAGCUUCUUUUGUGUUAAGAGAAGCCCUUUUUUUUUUUCUGUUUUCACGUUGAACCGUUGUUGUUGAGUUGACACCCCGUGCGUCUUCCUUCCCUGAAGUUCGUUGUUCUUUUUUUAAAUCGCAGUCGGUAUCCCCCUCCCCCCAAGGAGAAGGACCCACAGCAGUGCGAGACAGCUGGGCCAAAGUACCUUUACGGCCCCAAAGAAUCUUUUUUCUUCUUCUCACAUACCGAAAGGUCGAGAGGAACUCUUGUCACACACACACACACACACACACACAAAGAUCCCCAAGAAGAAAAAAGAAAAUGUUGUUCAAUAUUCGUGGUGCGAUACAAAAGGAGGAGAAGGUGAAGAACCAAAUGACGCUCGCCGACAUCCUCGCCUUCCGCGACACGUGGAAGCAGAUUCCAGAGCCGAACUUCUCCCUUGAGCGCGUGCUGCUCACGGCCCGCAUGGAGAAGCAACGCAAGGCGGAGAUCCCGAAGCUGGUGAUGACGGACAACGGCUUCCGAAUCCGCGACAAAAAGGACAUGGAUGAGUCGGAGCUGGAGCUGCGCCGCGUGCAAGGCUCGUUGAACAAGCUGACAGACAAGAACUUCGACGCAGUCGUCGAGGAAAUGCUCUCGCCUGACCUCGUGCUGAACCCUAUCGUGCUGAAGGGUGUGGUGGAUAUCAUCUUCAACAAGGCCAUGGCCGAGCCCGUCUUCUCCGGCAUCUACGCCCAGCUCUGCCAGCGCAUCAACGUGUACGAGCAGGAGCUCGUCGCGGAGGCCGAGGCGAACCCGGAGUCGGAGAUCGGCAAGCGUGUGGCAGCCCGGCGUGAGGCGGACAUGGCCCAGGGCAAGCAGCCGACCAGCGGACGCGUGCGCACCGUUCUCAUCUUGCGCUGCCAGAUGUUCCACGACAACUUCGUGAACCAACCGACGUUGUCUGACCCCGAGGCGGCCGAGCAGCUCCGCAAGCGCAACAUGGCGAACAUCAAGUUUGUCGGCGAGCUGUACAUGCGCUCGCUCAUCUUCCACCGUGUCAUUCUCGCCAUUUGCUCGACGGCGCUGGUGUUGAACUUCGUGGCGAGUUCGAAGAUGGUGACGACCGACGUCGACCUCGAGCUGGUGGUGAACUUGAUGAACGUGAUCGGCAAGAAGUUCGACGAGAACGCGUCGACGGCGCUGCAUAACGUGGCGAAGGACGCGCCGAGCUCUGAGCACCCGCACGACACGAUCUGGCGCGCGCUGAACUCGGCGAUGAAUGACCCGCGCUUCUCGCGUCGUAUUCGCUUCCUCAUCCAGAACCUACUCGAGUGGCGCAGCGAGGGCUGGAAGCCCAAGGAAACGCCGGCACAGGGCACCUCCGGCGGCGACGGGGAGGGCAACGAAGCCAACACCAACAGCAGCGAACGCGCUCAACAUCGCCCUGCUGGCGGCAACGCCGGUGGGCAAGGCGGCGGCAACAUGCACCGCAACCCCUCGAACAGCAACAUGAGCGGCGGGCCGAACAGCAGCAGCGGCAGCUCGUGGCAGCAUCAAAACGCCAACAACAACCGCGGCGGUGGCGGGAACAACAAUCGUGGAAUGCCACGCGCCAACAGCAUGGUCGAGGGCGGCGAUCCAAAAUUCAGUCGCGGUGGCGCCGCCGUCGCCGGUGGCAACCGCCAGGACCGCGUCGUGAGCUUCAACGACCUGAGCCAGUUCUCGAACUCGAACAGCGACUACAUGAUGCCGCCACCACCCUUCAACGCGCCGCAGCCCUUCGGCGCGCCCCCGCCGCCGUUCCCCGGCGAUGGCGUGACCCCUUCGGUGCCCCCGCAGGCACCGCAAUCGGCAGCGCAGAUGAGCGAGGAGGACCGCAAGCUGAUGGCGUUGGCGAUGCCGCCGAAGUGUAUCGACGACGAUCUCACCUCGAAGGUGCUGAGCGCGAUUCGCGACUCGGCCAUCGACGGGGACUGGACAGCAGCGGGCAAGGUCAUCGUGGAGCUGGUGCCGCAGGACGCCGCCUACAUGUGUCGCAUGUGCGCUGCCUACAUCGUAGUGAAGAAGAUUACUGAGACGCCGUCGGACGACGACCGCAAGCUGUUCACCGACUCACUGAACAGCGGCAUGUUCGACGUCAAGGAGCUGACCCGCGGCUACUCGUGGUUCCUCACAAAUGCGGUGGCCAACAACGUCAAGGAGGACUUCCCCCGCGCGUACAGCCGCUUCGUCGCCUGCGUGGCGGCGACGACCUCGAUGGAUUUUUUGUCGAUGGUGAGCAACGUGAUGGCCCGGACGGCGAACUACCUCGACGCGCUCUACGUCCCGCUUGAGGGGGCGGAGAUGGAGUGGGAGGAGGAUUUCCUCGAGGUGUGGACCUCCAUCCUGGAAACGUGGAAGGCGACCCACCCCGGCUCCCAGGAGAGGCCGAGCGAGCUUCUCAACUGCAUCGCGUCUGUCAAGCAGCGGCCCUUCAUGAAGGACAUUUCUUCCGAUUUUAUGAUGGAGCUGCUGCAGCAGGGCUUCAUGGCAGAGGCGGACGUGCAGAAGUGGAUCGCGGAGAACAACUCCAACGAGAAGUACCGGGCGUUUGUGGCGGAGAUGACGCAGCUUUUCCCGGAAUCGUGA